AUUCAAUUCAUACGGAAGUUGACGGAGGAUUAUGCGCAGUUGUUUCUUUUGAAAUGCAUGCGCCAAGCCAUAAUUGCAUCGCGCAACACUCUCUUUAUAGGCGUAUGAUGCCUUUCUUAAUGAAAUUUUGUUUACAGCUUCUGUAAGUCUAGCUCUUGAAUGCCAACACGUACUGCCAACGGUGCUCUACUGCUGCUUUUCUCCUGCAACACAACCUUUAGCAGGCACCUAGAUUGCAUAGUUUGCAGAACACAAGUGUAGUCGAGGUAACGCAACUGCGAUCAUGGUACCAGAGCACCCUGGCGCGACAGUCCCGGCCCCCGCCACUGCAGCGGACAUUGCAGCGGAGCUGACACAAGCUGUUCAUGACUUGAACGCAAGAGGCCUUUUUCAAGCAGCCCAGUGGGCAGCUGAGCAACUGGUCGGGCUGGAGCUGCACCUUGCGCCACCAUCCGGUCCGGCAUGGCAACAGCAUCAUUACCAGCCUGGCAGAGAAUCCGCAUCAAACGGGGCUGCCCCGGCACCUCGUACGGAUCCCGACGAGCACCACCCGCAGUACCUGCUAGCGCGUGCGUACUUCCAAGCCAGGGAGUUCCGCCGCGCCGCGCACUGCCUGUCCGGCCUGCCGGGGUCGCUGCCGGCCUUCCUGCGCCUGCACGCCACCUACCUGGCGGGAGAGAAGCGCAGGGAGGAGGAGCGUGUGGAGAAGGGUGGACCCCUGGGUCGGGGCUCCGAAACCCUCAACCCGGAACUGGAGGCCCUAGAAACCGCCCUGGAAGCACACCUGGGCCUUACCACCGCCACCACCACCACCACCACCACAACAGGAACCGCUGAGGCAACCGCUGACGUCAGCGGAGGAGGCGGAGGUGGAGGAGGAGGCGGAGGCGGCAAUACACAGCCCCCGGAUCCCUUCAUGCUGUACUUGUACGGUGUCGUACUCACGGGUCGCGGCCGUACUGCUGAGGCCCUGGAUGCGCUGGUGGCCUCGUUGCGAGCCUACCCCUGCAACUGGAGCGCGUGGAUGGCCGUCCAAUCCAUCUGCACAGGCAGCGCCGGCGCCGCCUCCGCACCUCCCCUGCCGCCCCUCGCCUCCCCCCUCGCCUCCUCCUCCUCCGCCCCGCUUCCCCCUCCCUCCGCCUCCGCCUCCCCCUUCCCCAGCCCCCCUCCCGCGGGCCUGCCGGUUCACUGGUCCCGCGAGUUCUUCCUCGCCUCCGCCGCCCUGGCCGCGCAGCAAAACCAGGAGGCGCUGUCUCGCAUGCAGGGACUGGCGCAGGUGUUCCGCGGCUCGCUGGCGGUGGAGGCGGGUGUGGCGCAGGCGCACUACAAUCUGCAGAACUUCGAGCAGGCGCAGGCGCUGUACGAGGACCUGCUGCACAGGGACCCGUUCAGGCUGGAGGGCACCGACACCUACUCCAACAUCCUGUUUGUUAAGGAGGCUGCCCCGCAGCUGUCCGUGCUGGCGCACCGUCUGGCAGCCACCGACAAGUACCGCCCGGAGACAUGCUGCGUGCUGGGUAACUACUACUCGCUGCAGGGUGCCCACGAGAAGGCUGUGGAGUACUUUCGCCGUGCGCUGCGUCUGGACCCGCGCUACCUGGCCGCCUGGACCCUCAUGGGCCACGAGUACAUGGAGGUCAAGAACACUCCCGCGGCAAUCGACGCCUACCGCCGCGCCCUGGAUGUGAGUCCGCUGGACUUCCGAGCCUGGUACGGGCUGGGUCAGGCCUACGAGCUGCUCAAGAUGCCCUUCUACGCGCUCUACUACUACCGCCGUGCAUCGCAGCUGAGGCCCACGGAUGCACGCAUGUGGUGCGCGCUUGCACAGUGCUACGUGCACGAGCAGGUGGGGCUGCAGGACGCCGCCAUCCGGGCCUACCAGAGGGCGGUGGCGCACAACGACCCGGACGGGAUUGCCGUACACAAACUGGCCAAGCUGUACGAGAGCCGCGGCGAGGGCUGUGCGGCGGAGCGGCUCUUCAGACACAGCCUGCAGCGGCUGGAGUCCCAGUCCCCGGCCGCCCUGCAGAGCCAGGACGCCAUCGAGGCGCUCAGCUUCCUGGCGGCUCACUGCAAGGACACGGGUCGCCUGGCUGAGGCGGAGCAGCUGUGCUCCCGACUGAUGGACGUGGGCGGACCCGCCAAGGAGAGGGCCAAGGCACUGGCGCGGGAAAUACGAGGGCUGCAGCAGUUUGCGACAGGGGGGG